ACCCCACAGCAAUAUCAAAACCUUUGCCUUCUCCCAAGAACAAAUCCAGAAAAUAUCACCAUGAACUUCCACAAGAUCUUCGUCUUCGUCGCCCUCAUUCUGGCCAUCGCCAUUGGACAGUCGGAGGCUGGUUGGCUGAAGAAAAUUGGCAAGAAAAUCGAACGCGUUGGCCAACACACUCGGGAUGCCACAAUCCAGGGACUGGGAAUCGCUCAACAGGCCGCCAAUGUUGCAGCCACCGCUCGCGGUUAACCACGCAGAUUACUUACAAUUAUUUAUUCAAAGAUCUAUUUAUUAUAUUGCUCUAUGUAA